GAUUACACACAUUUCCAAGCAUCCACAGAGGACUCUGCAACAGCCGUAUCAAUCGAUAGAAUGCAGGCAUACGUUUUUUUGGUGAUAGUCACACUCUUUGUGGGAGUGCAGCUCCUGGCAAAGAUCUAUCGCGGCUUCGCGGCCCCACUCGCAUCCGUUCCCGGCCCGUGCUUUGCGCGUUUCACGGACCUAUGGUACGCAUGGAGAAUUCAUCAGGGCCGCUUCGAGCUUGAUAACAUUGAGCUGCACCGAAAAUAUGGUCCAAUUGUUCGAUAUGGUCCAAAUAGAUUCAGUAUCAAUGACCCACACGCAGCGAAGGUGAUUUACGGUCAUGGCCACGCAUUUUCAAAGUCUACGUGGUAUGACACGUGGGGUGAUCCAAAUCCGCAUCAAUGGUCUUUGUUCUCGGACCGAGACGAGAAGCGCCACAGUGAGAAUCGACGUCUCUACCAGAGCAUGUAUAGCAUGUCCUCCUUGGUGCACUAUGAGAGUUACGUCGACGAGUGCGCGGACUUGUUCUCCGAAAGGCUCUCAGAGAUGAGUGGCAGAGGAAAGACGGUAGAGCCUGUUGACAUGGGUCAUUGGUUCCAGUGUUACGCGUUCGACGUGGUUGGUAUGAUCACCUACUCCAAGAGACUUGGAUUCCUGGACCGAGGUCUUGAUGUCGGAGCGGUGAUCAAGAAUCUCGAAAAUCACCUCUACUACGCGACUAUGGUAGGAGUAUACUCGUACCUCCACUCCUACUUAGCACCCAUCAGGAGUCGGCUAGGUAAACGGGGUACUGGCAGGCAAUUCAUCGUCGAGUUCACCAAGGGUUGCUUGGCAGACCAUCAGGCAAAGCCCAAAGCAGUCGAUGCUGAGGAUACUUCGCAUCUCUCUGAACAGUCUGGCACCAUGGACUUUCUCUCCAAAUUUCUCGGGAAGCAUUCCGAGGACUCAUCAACGUUCUCUCAGUACCAUGUUCUGGCGGGUUGCGUAUCAAACAUGGUUGCAGGCUCAGACACGACCGCCAUCAGCCUUAGCGCCAUUUUAUAUCAGCUUCUCCGGAAUCCUAAAGAGUUGAGCAAGCUGCAAAAGGAGAUUGACGAGUUCUACUCCCAGAGAACUGGCGAUCCUCGGCGAAUAAACUUCCAAGAGAGUCUGAAGCUGCCAUACCUCCAGGCAGUCAUCAAGGAGGCAUUGAGAUUGCAUCCCGCGACUGGGCUUCCCCUCGAGAGAUUUGUUCCCGAAGGAGGGGCCACUAUUGCCGGGAAAUUCUUCCCAGCCGGGACCAUCGUGGGCAUCAACACUUGGGUUGAGCACCACCACCCAUCCAUCUUUGGCGAAGAUGCAGCCUCUUUCAGACCGGAUCGAUGGUUGACUACAGAUACCGAUCGUUUGUCAGCGAUGAACAGACACUGGAUGCCGUUCGGCCUGGGAUCACGAACCUGCAUCGGAAGACACAUUUCCAUCUUGGAAAUUUCGAAAUUGAUGCCCAGACUACUGCAUGAGUUUGAUUUUGAAAUUUGUAGGGACGCUCCCUGGGUUACUAGGAACUGUUGGUUCGUCAAGCCUGUAAACUUCCAGGUCCGAGUCAAUGCACGGCGAUCGCAGGUCGGUAAAGUUGGGGCUUCCUAG